AUUUAAAUUACUAUAUUAAUUAACGACUUAAUACUAUAAUUAAUAGCUUGAAACUUUCGCAAGAAAUGUUAGAUAAUUUGAGAAGCUAGCUGGCUCUAAACAUGGCCAUACAUCUUUAUUUUGUAUAUAGCUAAAGUAACUUGUCUGUGAGUUCGGUUUUAUUAAUGACCUACAUUUAGCUAAAAUAUAAACCGCCGUGGUUUCUUGAUGACCCAUCAUCGUCUCCAUGCUUAUUUCCGAAACCUGACUGAGAUUCACUGAGCAACUACCCAGCCAGCCCCUCCCCCUCCUCCCUCGUCGCCGCUCCAACGACUCUCCCCUCGGCUCCACUCCGAGGAGGAACCCGGUGCCCCCGGCAUAUCGUUUCCAAUUACGUUACCCCAAGAUGGAGGUCUGCAGAUGGCAGCGCUAACGUUGACGAGCCAUUCUAACCGACCGUAUGGCUUUCCCCAUGCUUUUGUCGGGACGGGAUUGAUUGUGUGACACCGUUUUUGUGAGGGGUCUAUUGGGAGAGACUCUUGAGCUCCAGGUUCGAGUUGAGGCCACCAUGAGCUCCGGGGAAGGAGCGGAGGAGACGACGAAGGAGGCUAGUGAUAUAGAAGCAUUCUUCAAAACCGAUGGAUCCCUCCCUAAAGAGUCAAAAGGAGAUGUGUCGAGCCAGAUAGCAGGCUUCAGGAGAAAUGAGGAGAUGAGAGCGAUGGAGGUGCUUCCCAUCCUCAAGGAGAAAGUGGCCUUCCUGUCAGGUGGGAGGGACAGACGCGGUGGUCCGGUGUUAACGUUUCCAUCACGCAGCAACCACGACAGAAUACGAGCCGAGGACUUGAGGAGACUGAUUGCCUACCUCGCUGGGAUCCCCAGCGAGGAGGUGUGUAAACAUGGCUUCACGGUCAUUAUUGACAUGCGUGGCUCCAAGUGGGACAGCAUCAAACCUCUGCUGAAGAUCCUGCAGGAGUCCUUCCCGUCCUGCAUCCACGUCGCUCUCAUCAUCAAACCGGAUAACUUCUGGCAGAAGCAGAGGACCAACUUUGGCAGCUCCAAGUUUGAAUUUGAGACCACCAUGGUGUCACUAGAGGGCUUAACAAAAGUCGUGGACCCCUCCCAGCUGACGGCGGACUUUGACGGCAGCCUGGACUACAACCAUGAAGAGUGGAUAGAGGUACGCGUGGCGUUUGAGGAAUUCUCUGGUCACGCCACCCAGAUGUUGACUCGACUAGAGGAGAUGCAGGAAACGGUGUCGAGGAAAGAUUUCCCUCAAGACCUGGAGGGAGCGAGGCGGAUGAUAGAAGAACACGCUGCACUGAAGAAGAAGAUCAUCAAAGCUCCUAUAGAAGAGCUGGAUACUGAAGGGCAGAGGUUGCUCCAGCGCAUCCAGAGCAGCGAGUCCUUCAAUCGCAAUGGCAGCAGCAGCGGUGGAGGCAGCAGCAGCAACGCCGACACUCAGGGUCUGGCGCCUCGGAUCACGCAGCUGCAGGACAAGCUGCACUCCACCCGGCAGCAUCUGCACCAGACCUGGCAUGUCCGCAAGCUCCAGCUGGAUCAGUGCUUCCAGCUCCGCCUGUUUGAACAGGAUGCAGAGAAGAUGUUUGACUGGAUCAUGCACAACAAGAGUUUGUUUCUGGCAGGCUACACAGAUAUUGGCAACAACCACCCCCACGCUGUAGAGCUGCAAACCCAGCACAACCACUUUGCUAUGAACUGCAUGAACGUGUACGUGAACAUCAACCGGAUCGUGUCGGUGGGCAGCCGGCUGCUGGAGUCGGGUCACUACGCCUCUCAGCAGAUCAAGCAGAUCUCAGGCCAGCUGGAGCAGGAGUGGAAGGCCUUCGCCGCUGCACUGGAAGAGCGAAGCACGCUGUUGGAGAUGUCUGCCAGUUUCCACCAGAAAUGUGACCAGUACAUGAGCAAUGUGGACUCUUGGUGCAAGGCAUGUGGCGAGGUGGAUUUACCCUCUGAGCUGCAAGACCUGGAAGAUGCAAUCCACCACCAUCAAGGCCUGUAUGAACACAUCACUGCUGCCUACUCCGAGGUGAGCCAAGAUGGAAAAGCCCUGUUAGACAAGCUUCAACGACCUUUGACCCCAGGCAGUGCAGACUCCUUGACAGCAUCGGCAAACUACUCCAAGGCUGUGCACCACGUCUUGGACAUCAUCCACGAGGUGCUACAUCAUCAGAGGCAGCUGGAAAACAUCUGGCAGCACCGGAAAGUGCGUCUGCACCAGCGCUUGCAGCUCUGCGUCUUCCAGCAGGACGUCCAGCAGGUCUUGGACUGGAUAGAAAACCACGGCGAGGCCUUUCUCAGCAAACACACAGGUGUGGGAAAGUCCCUCCAUCGAGCGCGAGCGCUCCAGAAACGCCACGAGGACUUUGAGGAAGUGGCUCAGAACACGUACACCAAUGCAGACAAGCUCCUGGAGGCGGCCGAGCAGCUGGCCCAGACGGGAGAGUGUGACCCAGAGGAGAUCUACCAGGCCGCCCACCAGCUCGAAGACAGGAUCCAAGACUUUGUUCGCCGCGUUGAGCAGCGCAAAGUCCUGCUGGACAUGUCUGUCGCCUUCCACACGCACGUCAAAGAGCUGUGGACGUGGCUGGAGGAUCUCCAGAAGGAGCUGCUGGACGACGUUUACGCCGAGUCAGUGGAAGCUGUGCAGGAUCUGAUCAAACGCUUCGGCCAGCAGCAGCAGACCACGCUGCAGGUCACGGUCAACGUCAUCAAGGAGGGGGAGGACCUGAUCCAGCAGCUCAGGGACUCUGCCAUCUCCAGCAACAAGACGCCCCACAACAGCUCCAUCAACCACAUUGAGAGUGUCCUCCAGCAGCUGGACGAGGCCCAGGCGCAGAUGGAGGAGCUCUUCCAGGAGAGGAAGAUCAAACUGGAGCUCUUCUUGCAGCUCCGCAUCUUUGAGAGAGACGCCAUUGAUAUCAUCACUGACCUGGAGUCCUGGAACGAAGAGCUGACGGGUCAGAUGAACGAUUUCAACACGGAGGACCUGACGCUGGCCGAGCAGAGGCUGCAGCACCACGCUGACAAGGCCCUCACCAUGAACAACCUCACCUUCGACGUCAUCCACCAGGGACAGGAGCUGCUGCAGUAUGUUAACGAAGUCCUGGCAUCUGGUGUGGAGUUGCUGUGUGACCGGGACGUUGACAUGGCGACUCGGGUCCAGGACUUGCUGGAGUUUCUUCAUGAAAAGCAGCAAGAGUUGGACCUGGCAGCUGAACAGCACCGGAGACACCUGGAGCAGUGUGUCCAACUGAGACACUUGCAGGCUGAAGUCAAGCAGGUUCUGGGUUGGAUUCGCAACGGUGAGUCGAUGCUGAACGCUGGUCUGAUCACAGCCAGCUCCCUGCAGGAGGCCGAGCAGUUGCAGAGGGAACACGAACAGUUUCAGCACGCCAUCGAGAAAACCCACCAGAGUGCCCUCCAGGUCCAACAAAAGGCAGAGGCUCUGCUCCAGGCCAACCAUUAUGACAUGGACCUGAUUAGAGACUGUGCAGAGAAGGUAGCAUCUCACUGGCAGCAGCUGAUGCUGAAGAUGGAGGACCGGCUCAAACUGGUCAACGCCUCUGUGGCCUUCUACAAAACCUCUGAACAGGUGUGCAGCGUGCUGGAGAGCCUGGAGCAGGAAUACAAGAGAGAGGAGGACUGGUGUGGAGGAGCGGACAAACUGGGACCCAACUGUGAAACCGACCACGUCACCCCCAUGAUCAGUAAGCACCUGGAGCAGAAGGAGGCUUUCCUCAAGGCGUGCACCCUGGCCAGAAGGAACGCAGACGUCUUCCUAAAGUACAUGCACAGAAACAGCGUCAACAUGCCGGGCAUGCUGAGCCACGUCAAGGCUCCAGAGCAGCAGGUUAAAAACAUCCUCAAUGAGCUGUUGCAGAGAGAGAAUCGGGUUCUCCACUUCUGGACGAUGAGGAAGCGGCGGCUGGACCAGUGUCAGCAGUACGUGGUGUUUGAGCGCAGCGCCAAACAGGCUUUGGAGUGGAUUCAUGACACCGGAGAGUUCUACUUGUCCACACACACGUCCACCGGCUCCAGCAUCCAUCACACACAGGAACUCCUGAAGGAGCAUGAGGAUUUCCACAUCACAGCCAAGCAAACCAAGGAGCGUGUGAAGCUGCUGAUCCAGCUGGCUGACGGUUUCUGUGAGAAAGGCCACAGCCACGCUGCAGACAUCAAGAAAUGGGUAACGGCCGUUGACAAGCGUUACAGAGACUUCUCUUUACGAAUGGACAAGUACCGCUGCAGCCUGGAGAAAGCUCUGGGCAUCCCCUCUGACUCCAACAAAGCUAGUAAAGAUCUUCAGCUGGACAUCAUCCCAGCCAUGGCUCCCGGGUCAGAGGUCAAACUGAGAGAUGCAGCUGCUCAUGAGCUGAAUGAGGAGAAACGCAAGUCGGCGCGCAGGAAGGAGUUCAUCAUGGCGGAGCUGAUUCAGACUGAAAAGGCCUACGUGCGAGACCUGCGGGAGUGCAUGGAUACGUACCUGUGGGAGAUGACCAGUGGAGUCGAGGAGAUUCCUCCUGGAAUCAUCAACAAGGAGCACGUCAUCUUUGGAAACAUGCCGGACCUCUACGAGUUCCAUCACAACAUUUUUCUCAAAGAGUUGGAGAAAUACGAGCAGCUGCCCGAGGAUGUGGGACAUUGUUUUGUCACAUGGGCUGAUAAGUUCCAGAUGUAUGUGAACUACUGUAAAAACAAACCGGACUCCACGCAGCUGAUACUGGAACAUGCAGGGAACUACUUUGAUGAAAUCCAACAACGACACAGGCUGGCCAACUCCAUCUCCUCUUAUCUGAUCAAACCAGUGCAGAGAAUCACCAAGUAUCAGCUCCUGCUGAAGGAACUGCUGACGUGCUGUGAAGAAGGUAAAGGAGAGAUCAAGGAUGGACUUGAAGUGAUGCUCAGUGUUCCUAAGCGAGCCAACGAUGCCAUGCAUCUCUCCAUGCUGGAAGGGUUUGAUGAAAACAUUGAGUCUCAGGGGGAGCUCAUCCUCCAGGACUCAUUCCAGGUCUGGGAUCCAAAGACUUUGAUCCGUAAGGGUCGAGAGCGACACCUCUUCCUGUUUGAGAUGUCUCUGGUCUUCAGCAAGGAGGUGAAGGACUCAAACGGCAGGAGCAAAUACAUCUAUAAGAGCAAACUCUUUACCUCUGAGUUGGGAGUAACGGAGCAUGUUGAGGGAGAUCCGUGUAAGUUUGCUCUGUGGGUGGGACGAACCCCGACGUCUGACAACAAGAUUGUGCUCAAGCUAAGUCAGGGAUCCAAACAUGGAGCAACGGCGUCCAACAUAGAAAACAAACAGGACUGGAUAAAGCACAUCAGGGAGGUGAUCCAGGAGCGCACCAUUCACCUGAGAGGAGCGCUCAAGGAGCCCAUCCACAUUCCCAAAGCCACGACCACCAAGCAUCACAAGGGACGAAGGGAUGGAGAGGACUUGGACAGUCAGGGUGAAGGCAGCAGCCAGCCAGACACGAUCUCUCUAGCAUCCCGCACCUCUCAGAACACGCUGGACAGCGACAAGCUGUCUGGUGGCUGUGAGCUGACCGUGGUCAUACACGACUUCAUGGCUAGCAACAGCAACGAGCUGACGGUGCGGCGUGGUCAGACGGUGGAGGUUCUAGAGCGAUGUCACGAAAAGCCAGACUGGUGCCUUGUGAGAACAACAGACCGCUCCCCUUCCCUGGAGGGCCUGGUUCCCUGCUCCGUGCUCUGUAUCGCCCAUUCCAGGUCCUCCAUGGAGAUGGAGGGUAUCUUCAACCACAAAGACACGUUGUCAGUCUGCAGCAACGACUCCAUCAUGCCGGGUUCCUCUGCUACACUUCAGCCGGGCCAUGGCAUCGGUUCUCACAGCUCACCUGGGCCGAAACGACCAGGUAACACACUACGAAAGUGGCUCACCAGUCCAGUGCGCCGGCUCAGCAGCGGUAAGGCAGACGGACACGUCAAGAAGAUCGCUCAGAAGCAUAAGAAGAGUCGUGAGGUGAGAAAGAGUGGAGAGAUGAUGAUGAUGGGUUCACAGAAAGACUCCGACGACAGCGCUGCGACUCCUCAGGACGAAACUCUGGAGGAGAGGGUUCGUAACGAGGGCCUGUCGAGUGGAACGUUGUCCAAGUCCAGUUCUUCAGGCAUGCAGAGCUGCGGAGAGGAGGAGGGUGAGGAAGGAGCCGACGCAGUGCCUCUUCCUCCUCCCAUGGCCAUCCAGCAGCACAGCCUGCUGCAGCCAGACUCGCAGGACGACAAGACGUCUUCUCGUCUGUCUGUCCGCCCGUCCAGUUCAGAGACGCCCAGUGCCGCUGAGUUGGUGAGCGCCAUCGAGGAGUUGGUCAAAAGCAAGAUGGCUCUGGAGGACAGACCCAGCUCUCUGUCAGUAGAACAGGGUGACAGCAGCUCUCCCUCCUUCAACCCCUCUGAUAACUCCCUCCUGUCGUCCUCCUCACCUAUAGACGAGAUGGACGAACGGCGGGCCAGCAUCCUGAAGAAGAGACAUUAUGUCCUGCUGGAGCUGGUGGAGACGGAGCGAGAAUACGUCAAAGAUCUGAGCCUGGUGGUGGAGGGCUACAUGAGCAGGAUGAAGGAGGAGGGCGUUCCUGAUGACAUGAAGGGCAAAGAUAAGAUUGUGUUUGGAAACAUCUAUCAGAUCUACGACUGGCACAAAGAUUUCUUUCUCAGGGAGUUGGAAAGAUGUUUAGAGGACCCUGACCGACUGGGACCACUGUUCCUCCGACAGGAGCAGAGGUUAAACAUGUACGUGGUGUACUGUCAGAACAAGCCCAAGUCCGAGCUCAUCGUGUCGGAGUACAUUGACACCUACUUUGAGGAGCUGAAGCAGCAGCUGGGACAGCGGCUCCAGAUCACAGACCUGCUCAUCAAACCUGUUCAGAGGAUCAUGAAAUAUCAGCUGCUGCUUAAGGAUUUCCUCAAACAUUCUAAAAAGGCCGGACUCGAGUCUCCAGAUCUAGAGAGAGCCGUGCAGGUCAUGUGCAUCGUGCCAAAAAGGUGCAACGACAUGAUGAACGUCGGCCGGCUUCAGGGAUUCGAUGGGAAGAUUGUGGCUCAAGGCCGCCUGUUGCUUCAGGACACGUUUCAGGUGUCGGACCCAGAGGGCGGUCUGCUGGGCAGGAUGAAGGAGAGGAGGGUGUUCCUGUUUGAGCAGCUGGUCAUCUUCAGCGAACCUCUGGACAAGAAGAAGGCUCUCUCUCUGCCGGGCUUCCUCUACAGGAGCAGCAUCAAGGUGAGCUGCUUGGGUCUGGAGGAGAACGUGGAAGGUGACCCCUCUAAGUUCAUCCUCACCUCUCGCUCGCCCAGCGGCAUCGUGGAGUCCGUUGUGCUUCACUCGUCCCACCCCGGGGUGUGUGAGGUCUGGACCCUUCAGAUCAGCCAGAUCCUCGAGAACCAACGCAACCUCCUCAAUGAGUACCAGAGGACCCACGGGGGGACAGCUGACGGCGUGGGAGUUCAGGGGAGCAGCGGAGUCGGAAACGGAACCUCCCAGUGCAGCUCCAUCCCAUCAGGACCACAGGGAAGCUCGCGUCGGCCUUCCAGGAUCCCACAACCCUCCCGCCUGCCCCAGCCCCCCCGGGCUGAGGCUGACCCCCCCACCAGGACCUUGGGUCCGUCCCCUCGUCCUGUCCCUCCACCAGGGGGCAGUCCACACGGAAAGCGUUCUUCUCAGACCCUAGAGGACCGCACACAGACCCCGCCCCCUGCCAGCAGCGCUGCCCCCAUUCCUCGUGCCAAAGUCGGGCCUCUGCCCACCACACAGACUUCCAAAGCACGGCCAGGUGCCGUGUCCCCCAUCACCUUGUCCCCUGCCUUUGGCAACGAGCCCCUUCCUCCCCCUCCUGCUAGUCCAAGCCAAAAGUCGGGGUCUGGGUUUUGGAGCUCCAUUCCGGGCUCUCCGGCUAGUCGGCCCGGUUCGUUCACUUUCCCUGGGGAGGCAGGAGAGGCUCCGGUCCGUCAGACCCCAGCUGGCUCUGGGAAUCAAACCCAUCGGCACUCCACUCACAGCAAGGAUGCCGACCGCAUGAGUACGUGCUCAUCGGCCAGUGAGCAGUCCACCCAGAGCAACGGGAGUGAAAGCAGCAGCAGCAGUAGCGUGUCCACCAUGUUGGUGACCCAGGACUACAUGGCCGUGAAGGAGGAUGAGAUCAGCGUCGUUCAGGGAGAGGUGGUCCAGAUCUUAGCCAGCAACCAGCAGAACAUGUUCCUGGUGUUCAGGGCAGCUACGGAGCAGGGCCCCGCCGCCGAGGGCUGGAUCCCCGGAUUCGUGCUCGGACACACUUCAGCCAUUGCUCCCGACUGCCCUGAGGGUCCCAUCAGUAGGAAGUCUUCAUCUUGGCACACGUCCCUGCGUAUUCGCAAGAAGUCUGAGAAGAAAGAGAAGGAGGCAAAGAAGGAGAUCAAGCUGGAAAACGGUUACAGGAAGUCCAGAGAAGGCCUGGCCACUAAAGUUUCUGUAAAGGUGAGCGAGUCCCACUCACCGUCCAGCAGUGAUGCUCCAACAGCUGAUUUUCACUCCUCAUUCCUCUUUUUGCAGCUUCUGAAUCCAAACUACAUCUACGACGCUCCUCCAGAAUUCCUCGUACCCCUGAGCGACGUGACGUGUGAUAACGGUGAGAGCGUGACUCUGAGGUGUAAGGUUUGUGGUCGCCCGCGCGCUGCGGUCACCUGGAGAGGACCCGGGCAAACCAACCUGACCAACAACGGACACUUCAGCAUGGCCUACAGUGAUGCAGGUGAAGCUACGCUGCGGAUCAUCGGUGCAGCCUCUGAGGAUGAUGGUGUUUACACCUGCACUGCUGCUAACGACCUGGGCAGUGUAGCAUCCUCGGCUAGCCUCAGAGUUCUAGCAGCGGUCUCCACUGACGGGCGCCGAGUGAGCUGGAAGGACAACUUUGAGUCUCACUAUACGGAGGUGGCUGAGCUGGGAAGGGGUCGCUACUCCGUUGUGAAGCGCUGCGAUCACCGCUGCACCAAGCGUACGGUCGCUGUCAAACACGUGAAUAAGAAGCUGAUGAAACGAGACCGAGUGACUCAGGAGCUCAACCUUCUGCAGAGACUCCAACAUCCACACAUCGUGAGCCUGUUAGACACGUACGAGACCUCCAGCAGCUACGCGCUGGUCCUGCAGAUGGCUGACCAGGGCCGCCUGCUGGACUACAUCGUGAGCUGGGGCAAUCUGACGGAGGAGAAGGUUUCCUGCUACCUGAGGAAUGUUCUGGAAGCUUUACAGUACUUGCACAACUGCAGGAUAGUUCACCUGGAUGUAAAACCUGAGAACCUGCUGGUUUCCCACAAUGCCUCUGGCCAGCCCAUGGUCAAACUGACCGACUUCGGUGAUGCUGAGCAGCUGAACAGUGCCCAUUACAUCCACCCUUUGCUGGGCAGUCCUGAGUUCGCCCCCCCAGAGCUAGUCCUGGGGGAGCCUGUGUCCCUGACCUCUGACCUGUGGAGUCUGGGUGUGGUGACCUAUGUGCUGCUGAGCGGCGCCUCCCCCUUCCUGGACGAGAGUGCAGAGGAGACCUGCCUGAACAUCUGCAGGUUGGACUUCAGCUUCCCCAGGGAUUACUUCCAGGGAGUCAGCCAGGCGGCCCGGAACUUCGUGUGCCUGCUCCUCAGGACCGACCCCAGCAGGAGGCCGCCAGCUGGGCUCUGCCUCCAGGACCCGUGGCUGCAGGCCGGCCAGGGGGACGGGCGGGUCCGAUCGGAGGGCUGCCUGGACACAGCGCGCCUCAUCUCCUUCAUAGACAGGAGGAAACAUCAAACGGACGCCCGGCCCAUCGCAGGUGUCAGGAGCUUUAUCCAAAGUCGGCUUCAGUCUCGGGUUUGAGCUGAGGCUUCAGAUGCCAAGUAGAUGCUGAUCUCAUCCUCCUUCAUGGAUCUCAGUGAAACCUGUAGUCCCCUUCAAAGGUUCUGUAGAGAACCUGACCCUGGAUCAUCUGCUGCUGCUUGCUGUUUUAACUCCGAUUCCAGAGUUAAACGAACAAAUGAAGUUAACUUAUUUUCCUUUGAGAGAGCUGAUCCCCAGCAGAGAGGACACGCUGCCCUUCCUGUUUCUGACACACCAUAACGGACACUUUGGAUAACAAAAACUUUGUACAGAGAGAAAAGUUUUAAUUCCACGGAAAGCUGCUGUCCAGAACAAGGAUCAACAUGAGUCCAACCAUCGCUGUCCCAGGACAGAACCUGCGCUGCACAGCUGACGUGUUUAAGCCUUACCUUGUACAGACUUCUGCCUUCUCUCCUGGCGUUUGCAGCGGACGUCCGCUCCAGGACGGCGGGACGCGAGGCUGCGGAAGGCCAAACGACUGUAAAUGCACUCGUUAUGUUUGAUUAUCAUGUGCAAUGUUGCGGCUUUAACAUUUUAUGCAAUUAUUUAUGAAGACAUCUGUUGUAUCUAUAAUAAAUCUAGAGAAACGCGAGUUCCUGGUGCUGCAAGCACUGCUGGGAGUUGGUGUUUGUUUGCUGGUGGAGGCCAACGUGUAGAAAAUCCAACAAGUCGUGUAGAAGCUGCCGUAGUAUUGGUUCACCAAAGUUGCUCUAGCUUUAUAGUACUUAACACGAAGGUGUGUUUAAAUCAUCGUUUACACGAGUUAAAACUUUAGGAGUGAACAACGAACACUUUCAGUUAAAGAGCUGAAUGUACAGAUUUAUUUACUAAAUGAUCUAACUUUAUUUGUUGCCAAAUUAGUUCUUCCUUCAAUUCCUGAAAUGUAAAAGUUCUUUACAGGACUAUAAACUUCAUGUUUAUUUAAAAAAAAAACAGCUUUUAUUUAUGCUAAGAAUUCUGCCGUUAAAAACAAGGAAACCUCAGAUUGUUCCCCUCCGCCCCCUUUUGUUGCAUUUGUACGUUUUGUUUGAUAAAUUACAUUUAUUUUUUAUCGUUGCAUGUAUAUUUCUUUGUACAGAUCACUUCCUGUAAAUAUUCUCAAUUUUGCCAUCGGUUAUUUGAAAAUUAAAUCUAAGAAACACA